AAAACAUCCCAAAGACGAAAUACAUUCUUCCCCUUUAGUAGCAUUCCCGUUGUGUAGCAGUAGCAAACCGUACCGUUGCUUAGCCGAACACAAAUCAUCCUCCUCGGCGGGUGGGUAGUAAGCACCAGCAGUUUUUUUAGGGUAGAAAGCACUGCAAAAGUACAAUCCAAACGAACCGAAUCGAACACACAGUCGAAACACAAUGGCAGAAGGCACGUACGAGUAUGAGUGUAUGCGAGCGGAACUGCUCGGGCUGGCCCAUCCCAGUCGGGAGGAGUUCGAGGAGAAGCAAAAGCUGCGCCAGGAGACGGAAGUGGAGGAGCAGCUCACCGAGCAGUUGAAGGAUGUGGACUUGCAGGACGAGUCGCUGCAGGGCACGUCGGGCAAGAUGGACGAGCUGACGAACAUACUGACCGCGACGCAGCAAAAGAUCAACAAGUUUAAGGUGGCGUGCGGCAGUUUAACCAGCCUGUUGAAGCUGCGCCCGUCCACGCCCAGCAGCGAACCGGCCGCCGGUGCAGCGGAAGGAAAGUCCAUCAACGACGCGCUGGACACGCUGGACACGAUGAAAGAUCUGAACGCAGCCUCGGACGCUACGGUGGCCAAGGCGGCAGCACAGGACAUCGGCACCAAGGUGACGUCCCAGCUGGACAAGCUGGACUCGCUGCUGCACAAAGCCGACAACGCGACGUACUCGAUGAAGCAUCAGACGGAUCAGAUGAAGAAGAUUUCCAAGUAAGACGGGAUCGAUGACGAUGUCGAUGACGAUGCUGAUGAUGAACGAAACUAACGACAAAACACCAACACUCUGCUCGAAUACCUGUUCGGCUGGCAACGAAUGACAAGCAGCAAAGGGGAAAGGCACUGCCAUCCCUGUCGAUGCAAACGAUGUACGCUUAUGAGGCAGAACGAAGUGUGUGCUAUUAUUAUCCCAGCCAACAUGCCAACAUACUAGCUCCAGUGGCAAUUGUAGCUUAGGAGAACCCUUUUCCGCCGACGUUGCAAAAGAAAAGGGACGAUAUCUUGAUUAUACAAUCGUUAGUCGCUUCGAUACUUUCGGAUCUUGUUACAAGUAGUGUGUAUCCUUUCUACCCAGGUCUACGCCCCAGGUUUGCUUCUCUGCUUCCCACUGUUCGAUGUUAGAUGUGCGUACGAGGUUUACAAUGUUACACGUUUAAUGGUAAGGGCUUUCCUCUUCUGUUGACGCUCCCUCUUCUUUCAGCGCUUGCAUGUUAAAGCGAUCGGUCUUCCAGCAACAGAACACGACAACAACAACAAAAAAAACGAAAAUAAUAUCCAAAUUGUUAGUCAAAAAAGUACCCUUCUUUCACUUCUCGAGCGCUGUUUUAGGCUGCUAUUUGUACCAAACUGAAUUGGCCAUUUUUUGCCGUGUACGUCUUUGAGGGCGAAACCGAUUGUGAUAUAUAUAGUUUGUAUGGGUUUUUUUGUGUGUGCAACUGUCUGUGUGCACAUAGUUCGAUGUCGCUUUAGUUGAUCGUACGCUAAGGGCAGGCCGACAGCUACGUCUGUGCAUAGUUACAGACGGACGUGCGUGUUAUUAGCCUAUGUUUUUGCUCAGCUGAUGCGGAAAACAGACAUCAAUUUACAGAUCGAUCCAGGAAGCGUCGUCGCAAGGUUUACACGGUGGCGUGACUCCGGCGGCAGAUCUCAAUAAGCGUAAGAAACGUUAACCACCAGCAAUAAUAAUGUAUUGAAGCUAAACAAUAAUUUAAAUGUGUAUUACAAACGAUAAAUAAAGGAAAGUACAAUUAUUCACUUACUCAACACACAUA